AUGAUGCGAGGCGGAGAGUUCAGCGAUAGCGAGUUGGUGGAUCAAAUGCUCACCUUCCUUGCGGCUGGGACUGCUGGUGCCCUCACCUGGUGCUGCUACCACCUGUGUAUUGAGCCGGAUAUUCAAGAACAGCUGCACGCCGAGAUCCGUGCAACUAUACCCUCCCUGGAUGCGUCUGUAUCGUGGCAGGACCUGGAGGGAAUGCCAUACCUGAAUGGUGUCUGCCAAGAGGUUCUGCGCUUGUACCCGACGGUCCCUAUGACUGGCCGCGAGGCUAUCCGCGAAACUACCAUCGCAGGGAAAACAAGCCCCAAGGGUACAACCAUCGCACUAUGCCCGCAGGCCAUUAACCGUAACCCAGAAUUCUGGGGUGAGACCGCGGAUCAAUUCCUCCCCGAGCGAUGGAUUGAUAUCGACGAGAAGAUUGAAAGACAGAUUCUAAACAAGCAUGGCGGUGCGUCUACUAACUUUGCGCAGAUUAAGUUCCUUCAUGGGCCACGCGCGUGCAUUGGAAAGGAUUUUGCGAAAGCCGAGUUCCGAUGUGCUGUUGCGGGCUGUUUGGGAUGUUUCGCUUUCAGCUGA